AAAAAAUGAAGUCCUGACAUUAAAAGUCAAAUUUGGCAUGGGGGACGAUAAGCUUCAGAAACAUUAUUUAUCUUUCGAAUCAUAUCUGCGAAAAUCCCGAAAAGAAUUUGAAGCCCGACUGAAAGAUGAAUUGAAACCGAAUGCCAAUUAUGAAGAUUUCAAUGUAACAAAAACUCUCGGUACUGGUUCCUUUGGUAGAGUGGUGAUGUGCAAGUACAAGGACGGAGACAAAUUGUACGCAAUGAAAGUAAUGGAAAAAGUUAAUAUAAUGCGGACUAAACAGCUUGCCCAUACCAUAUCCGAGAUUAGAUUUUUAGACGCUAUCAGGUUUCCUUUUAUAGUACAUAUGGAGUACUUCUUCAAGAACAAUGUAUAUGUGUUCAUGGUCAUGGCUUUCAUAGGCGGCGGAGAAAUGUUCUAUCACUUGAGAAACAAUAAAAAAUUUGACGAGAAUCUGUGCAAGUUUUAUGCUGCACAAGUGAUCCUCGCUUUUGAAUUCAUUCAUUUUAUGGGAAUAGUAUACCGAGAUUUGAAACCUGAAAAUAUAAUGAUCGAUUUGGAAGGUUAUUUGAAAGUAACGGAUUUGGGAUUUUGCAAGAAAAUUGAUAGUCAGAGAACAUACACACUUUGUGGUACUCCUGAGUAUUUGGCUCCAGAAAUUAUUCUCAGUCAGGGUUAUAAUUUUUCUGUCGACUGGUGGUCUCUGGGUAUCCUGAUAUAUGAAAUGGCUGCUGGAUUUCCUCCGUUCUUUGCGAAAGAUCACAUGAAACUUUAUGAAAAAAUCGUUAGUGGAAAAUUCGCAUGUCCUCCUCACUUUAGCAAAAGUUUGAAAGAUCUCAUGUCAAAUAUUUUGCAAAUCGAUAGAACUAAGAGAUUUGGGGUUUUAAAAGCUGGAUCGAAAGAUGUUAAAGGACAUGAAUGGUUCAAAGGCACAGAUUUUGACCAAAUUCUCAACAGAAAAGUGAAACCUACUUACAUACCAGCUGUGGAUAACCAGGGAGACACCAAAUUUUUUGAACAAUAUGGUGAAACGUUCCUCAGACAAAGUUCCCUGAACGAAUAUGAAGAAGAGUUUCGUGAUAUGACACUUCGAUAAUACAUAUUUUAUUUUAUAUGAAUUUUAAUGUGAUACUAUAAUAUUUAUGGUUGGUAUCAUUUUAAUCAUUUAAAACUGUUACAAAUAGGUUUUUAUUUAUUUCAAUAUAUGCGCAUUCAGCCAACUAUGCAA